AUGUUAAUCGGAACCGUUUCUGAGCUCAAUCUCAACAAAGCAGAUAACAAAGGGCAUGUCCCACUUGUAAUGUUCCACCGCGCAGUCGAGCUGAAAACAGAACCCGUCCGCACUGUAUCCUUCGGGGAAGACGCGCCCAUCGAGUCCAUGCUUGGAAAGGGUGAGUCUUUUCGCUGGACCCCAUGGAUGGAGAACCUCAGUGCCUUCGACAAGAUGAAGGAAUGCCCGGGAGAGGAGCUUCUCGUCGCCCUGCUAGAGACUGUCAAGAACCAAAUAUCAAAUACUUGCCAUGAUAACCAUGUGGUACAAGUGUACCUCCUCAAUGCUGAACUCAGCAUCCAAGAACUGUCAUUCGGCUUCGCCACACAGGACUUUUCCGAAAUCGAUGGCCUCAAAGCUCUAGGCUCGGGGGUCCAAGCAGCCAAAUCCUUGCUAGAUGUUUGGUUACGUCUGCCACCCGAGAAUUAUCUUGGUGCGUCGAUUAUCUCAUUCUUCCAGCUCAACCGAGCUUUAAUGGACCUGCUCAAACUUUCCACGCUGGAGCACCUUGAGUGGGCCAAGGGUCAUGUCCAAAGUAUCGCCGACAUUCGGCAGUAUAUCGACGCCGCAGUCUCGAAUUUCCAGGCAGCUGCCAAGCCAUCAAGUGACAUACCGGAGGAGAACAUGUUCGAGCAGACAGCUAAGCUGUUCAUUUCACUGAAACGGAAGUGGGAGCCUCUGCUCGUGGAACCGUGGCACGCAUCCCCAAACAACGACGCCCUGCUCUUCCAUUCGAAGCAGAUUGCAACGUCGACUCAUGGAUGUGGGAAGGGCGAUAAGACAAACCUGCAAGACAACUACACCAUUUGGGGGCUGAACGGUCUCCGGGUUCUGCCAGAUCAGCUUCGGUGCUCCCCGAUCAAAGUUAAUCCCAGCACGAUAGACUGUAUUUUCGGCCAGACGCUAGGCGAAUGGCUAGCAGAUAAUACUGUGUAG